AUGCGGUGCAAGUACGUAUGCAAGUCUUGGUACUCCCUCAUCCGCAGCCCUUCCUUUGUCACCGACUUCAACGACAGAAACAAGAGCAACACUAACUUCCUUUUCCAGAAGAAUACCCGUUUGUUCUCUUCAAAGAUAGAGGAGCAACAAGGAGAGAAUAAUAUUCUAAUUCCAACACCCAUCGCCCAACUUCCACUCCCGACUCGGAGCAAAUUUCUCAAACGUCAUCCUGAUCUUGUGGAGUAUAUUCUAAAUCCAGCACCUGUCGCCGAACUUUCGUACCUGAGUCGAUGUGAAGCUUUUGAAUGUCAUCCGAAUCAUGUGCAGAGUGUCCAUGGCUUGGUUUGUGCAUCCUCUAGGUGUGGCCCUGUCUUCAUACUUAACCCUAGCACUCAAGAGUCCAUCGAACUUCCAUAUAUAAUUGAAAAUUACCGCUUGGCAUCCGCUACAUAUAACUUCGGCUUCAGUCCACUGACCAACGAGUAUAAGGUUCUCCAGAUCUUGUCAUUUCGUCCCAAUAGUAGAAGUGAUUUUCGGUUCAACGUAUUCACCCUAGGUAGGGAUUCUUCAUGGAGGCCAUUGCAGGUAGACCCUGCCGACCUUCCUUUUGAUGCUCGAGAUCACGACUAUGAGAUACAAAAUGGGAGAAGUACUGGAUGUGUGUGCCUGAAUGGGGCCAUACACUGGAUCCAUGAGACACAGAAAGUGAUAGUGGUAUUUGACGUUAAAGAGGAGACCUUCAGAGUGGUGCCACUACCUGACGAAUAUGCGCAAGAGUUUCAUCUAGAUAAUCAUGGCCACAAUAGGGUUGCUUGCCAUGCAAGUGUUGUUGAGGUGCAAGGAUGUGUGGGUGUGUUUGCUGACAAGUCGUUGAGACAGGACAAGAUAGUGUUAUGGAUUUUGAAGGACUACCAGAACCUUGUGUGGGUGAAGGAGACUAUUACCGCCGUGAUGCCGAUUGGAGAAGGGUAUGUUAAAGCUUUAGGUACAAUCCAUACAGGUGAGCUAGCACUCGCUCUCCAUUUUUAUGGAAAUACACCAAAAUUUGACGACCGUCCACCAAAAUUGCUUCUUUAUGAUAUGGAGAGCAAACAAUAUAGAAUACUUGAUUUCGUUUUUCCUAAUAAUAUGGGACUUGCUCGGGGAAUACCUGUUAAGUUAAUUGCUAGUUAUGAUGAUAGCAUUGUCCCCUUAAAAUGA